AUGAACGAUCAAAACUGGAAGGCCUUGUCCAACGAGUUAAGGCGUAGGGCUCAACAAGCUCGUCACUCGGGUGGGGGAAAGAACCCCAAAAGCCCAUUGGCAAUUUUUGGUGGAAUUGGUGGAAUCUUGGUCUUAGGUGGAGUUGCUAUGUUUGCUCAAAAUGCAUUAUUUAACGUAGAUGGUGGUCAACGUGCUAUAUUAUAUUCCAGAAUUGGUGGAGUUCAACAGAAGAUCUAUCCAGAAGGUACCCACUUUGUCAUUCCUUGGUUUCAAAGACCAAUCAUUUAUGAUGUUAGAGCAAAGCCAAAGGAAAUUGCAUCGUUGACAGGUACUAAAGAUUUACAAAUGGUGAAUAUAACAUGUAGAGUGUUGUACAAGCCAGACAUAUUUGAAUUGCCUAAUAUAUUCAGGACUUUGGGAACGAACUAUGAGGAGCGUGUGUUGCCAUCGAUCGUUAAUGAAGUUUUGAAAUCAGUCGUUGCUCAGUUUAAUGCUUCACAAUUGAUCACCCAAAGAGAAAAAGUCUCUAGAUUGGUUAAAGAAAACUUGUUGCGUCGUGCUUCCAAGUUUAACAUUUCAUUAGAUGAUGUGUCUUUGACAUACAUGACAUUUUCACCUGAAUUUAGUGCUGCUGUUGAGGCUAAACAAAUCGCUCAACAAGAUGCACAAAGAGCUGCAUUCAUUGUUGACAAAGCAAUUCAAGAGAAGCAACAAUUGGUUGUCAAGGCUCAAGGUGAAGCCAAGUCUGCUGAAUUGAUUGGUGAAGCUAUCAAGAAAUCUAAGGAUUAUGUCGAAUUGAAGAGGUUAGAUACAGCUAGAGAAAUUGCCAACAUCUUAGCAUCAUCUCCAAAUAGAAUUAUUUUGGACAAUGACACAUUAUUGUUAAACACUGUUGCUGAUAGUCGUAACAAUAGAAAAUAA